CUGUGUGGGGAAGUAUCCAUUUCACUGCAACACCGAUUCACAAACCACUGGCAGGCGGGGAGCAAAGUAGUUUGUUGAUGAAUGUUCUCGCAUUUAAAAACCAACUUUUGUCAUUUGUGUCAUAUCGUAGAAUAUAUUAAAUUAGUUUACAAGCAAACAGUUGUGGUCAGUAUUGUUUUCAGUCAGUUAACGUUAGCUAGUAAGCCCGGCAAAUGAUUAUCCUGAGCAGUACAGUCUGGCAAUUGCUACCUUCCAGCUAGCUGCUGCGAAUUGGCUUUCUCUUUAUUAGCUAUUACUAAAUUAAUUUAAUCGUAUUUAGCACACACUGGGGAGAAGAAUGUCGACAUUUCGUAGCCGAGUAUGGAGCCGCUUGGACAAGGCGUGUCGUUUACUGCCUAUCGUAGUAAACACUGUGCUGGUAUUGUCCAUCACUGCAGAAGUUAGUUAUCUUGUAUUAGUAGAGGCACCACGGGAACCGGAGAAGCAGAAAAGCGAGUGGUCGGCGGUCUGGAAAUCGGUGCAUCUUUUAUGUCAGUACUAUAUGUUGGGCAACAUCACGUGGAACGCCUCGCUGUUUCUCAAAACCAGCCCGAGCAUUCGCGGUGUAUUCCUCGGCGGUGAAGGCGUCGGUCAGGGAUGGAGGUACUGCUACACCUGCGAGACGCACACCCCGCCGCGCUGCUCGCACUGCUACGACUGCAACGUGUGCGUGCUGCGCCGCGACCACCACUGCGUCUUCUUCGGCCAGUGCGUGGGCUUCCGCAACUACCGCUACUUCCUGAGCUGCCUGCUGUUCAUGUGGGCCGGCCUGCUGUACGCCGUGGUGAUGAACGCCGAGGUCUUCAUCGUCAUCCUGAAGGAGGGCGUCACCCUGCACAGCGUCAUGCUCCUCAUCGUGCCCUGGAUUAUGCUCGUCUCCGGUCAGGUGACCGCUCGGGCCUUCGCCUUCGCCUUCAUCGCGGACACGUGCGUGAUCGGCUUCCUGCUGGUCGCCGCCUUCCUCUUUUUCCACGUGGGCCUGAUGCUCCGGGGCCAGACCACCCGGGAGUGGUACUCCAAUCGCCGGCCCUACAGCCUCGGCCUGCUGGGAAACGUUCGGGAAUGCCUCGGCCAGCGCUGGUACCUGUGCUGGCUCAGCCCCCUCAUCCCCUCCCCGCUUCCUGGGGACGGCAUCCACUUCCAGGUCACUGGGCCCCUGGAGCCUGCUGGCAGCACUGCCUCAUUGUAACCCAAGGGAUUAGACCCAUCAUUACCCACUGGUGACGCAGUCUGGUGACAGUCUAAGGGAGAAUAAUUCCCUUUAUCUUUGUCCUCUCCUGUGGGGGCUGAUCUUUAUACUCAGAUAAAGGAACUGUGUGAUUUUUUUUUUUUUUUUUUUUUUUUUUUUUUAAAUUUAAGAAUGUAAAAUUUUCCUUCAGGCUCACCUUGACUUCAUAGUGUUGGAAAUUAGAUGGACUCAGAUGCAUUCUGCAGUGAUUUGCUCCAAAGCAAAGGACAGCCUUGGCAUUGUUCACAUCGUAAUGUCGUUCUGUGUAAAAUUGCAGAGCUCUGUCUGACUGAAAGUUCACUCUUUGCACUUGAGUACAGUUUGCUUGUCUACAUGUUGGUAUUUGCACCUCGAGUUUCUCGGUUCACGUUCUAGCACUCUAACAUAUUGCCACUGUUUUCUGAUUGAAGGGGCACAGGGAAGACUAAAAUCAGAGUGUGAAUGACAGAUAAUUUUCCUCAGUGUUUCAACAGUUACUUGCGUGUGCACUGAACAGAGUUUGUUGAUCACUGUACAGGAAAUGUUAUUCAGCUUAUUUUGUCUCGUGCCUGUAAUUAAUUGCACUGAUCUGACAUUAAUUUUAUGGCCUUUAAAAAAAAAAAAGAAAAAAAAAAAAGGAUAUCACUGUUUCUGAGAUGGACGCAAAUUAGUGGUUUUACAGUCCAACAGUGCCCUCUAUCUUUUGUGCAGUAUAUAACCAUAAGAAUACAUUGCAUUAGUUAUAAAGCUGCCGCUUCUGUCUUGAACAGAGGUGUGCUUCGAGGGCCAUAUCGUUUCUGGUUUCCAUGCCAACUUCUGGCCUUACUUGGCCUUAACAUUUACGGCAUCUGACAUUUUAGCCACAUUUCUUGAUAAUUGCAUGAAUGACAGCCAAAUAUUGUUCUUGUGUCCAUAUAUCAAUUUUUUUAUGGUGAUCUAACUUGUGAACGAGUGAACCAGUGUUGGUGCAUACAGCCAGUUAGCUCAUUUAGCCAGGGUAAUGAUGGAAACAAAAACGUGCACACCAGCCUUCCAGGACUGGAAUUGCCCGCCCCUUAUGUAGAACACCUUAUACAAAAGAAGCAUGUAAGUGGCUUCAUUGAGAAUAAUGAAUAUCUCACUUUUUCCCAUCACAACUACCUCAGUGUCACCGAGUGCAUUAGUGCAUUACAUAUUGGAGGACUAUAAAAUACUGUAUUCUGCAUUGCACUGCAGUUUUUUCAUUAGUUUCACUUUAUUAUGGGCAUACUGAGGUCCUUUCUCCUCAGAAUAGUCAUUAUUAUGUCUCUUUAUAUGUGGGUUUUGAUGUAGGACCAGCAGUUGAAGAGUGAAUAUGAAUAUAUAACUGGAGUUGCUUUUUUUAGACAGCGGUUCAGUGGACCGGUUAUAGAGUUUGUCUCUGUGGGCAUCCCUUUGCCAUUGAAGCUCUCCCUGUAGCCUACAUGACGCCAUGUUUAGUGCUAAAUGUUGGCCAUUGAUGAUAUAUGGUAUUUAUUAUGCUCAGUGGUACAUGGGCCUGCCUUCUCCUCCUUUCCCCUGGGCCGGUGUUGUGGUUUGACGGGAUAAGCAGCCGUGUCAGUGCGGCCUGUUGAAGCCUCGCUGUUGCAGGUAGCUCUUGUGUUGCUUUAAACAGAAUUUCCCAGAGCAUCCCUGCGCCAGUAAAGUGCCCACGGUGUGAAAUGUCAGUGCAUGUGGCAUGACAAUAACAUAACAUGUUAGUAUUUGAAUGUUUUCGCGACAUUGAUGUUUGCCAACAGCGCAUGAGAUUCUUGUAUUGAAAUAUAUGGUCAGAUAUUUUGUUCGAGACUCUCUUCUGUGUAAUUCCAGUGUUCCACUAUAGUGUUCAGUGUCCUGGUCAUAAGCCAAGGUUAGUGUUCAGGGUCCUGGUCUCAAACCAGGGUUGAUGUUCCAGGGUCUAAAGGUACAGAAAUAUGGUACUUCAGGCUGCUGCGUCAGAGAUACCGGACUACGCCCCCUUGAAUUAAGACCAGAAUGUUAAACCGAUGUGUGGUCUGGCUUGAGCGGGAGUGCUCUCCUGUGUGAAGAUCUGGACUAGGACAGCCAUGGAUUAGCAUUGUUUUGUUUUGACACCUACAGUAGGUCUGUCAUGGGUCUUGGAGGUUGUUUCUUGAAACAGUUGUACUUAGGGAACUGAAAAAAAUAAGUAUUUGCCUGUAGCAAGCUUUAAAAGCAGCCAGCCUUUGGGCUGGAUGUGUUUUCUCUCCCCAGUUUACUGUAUUGAUCUUAUUCCUUCUGGAAACAGAGUUAGGUGUCCUUCAUGGUUAAGUGAUGUUAUUUUCUGAUGUGGCUGCUUUUCGCAUAGAUUCCCAUGGUGGUGUGCAAACUCUCAAACCGUGCAAGAUUUUGAGGCUCCAGAAACAGGAUGAGCAACCUGUUUAGCUCUGUGCCAUUCAGUGGGAAGCACCGUGACUAUUUUACCCUUUUUUAUGAAGUGGGAUAAUCCUUGCCUUAAAGGGAAAAAAUUGUGAAUUAUGGUCUGGCUGUCUUUAAUCAAACCUGUGCCGUCCUCUAAUUUGUCUAUUGUUUUGACACCUGUGUAUUUUUAAAGCUGUAUCAUAAUAUAUACCUUUAAUUGUGUGCAUAUACUACACUUGGAUAAUAUUAUUUUGAAAUUUUGUUUCCAAACAGCAUGUAGAUUAAGGCAUAUGUCAGAUUUUAAAUGUGCAAAAUUUUGGUGCAAAAUUCUGUCCUUGUUGUUUGGUUUUCCUGUCGGGAGAUUUUAAUAAAAGGUUCAGAUACUUGUGCUAUGA